CAUGAUUUCACCUAACAGAGGAAUGAAUGAAUAACCCUCCUCCUCCCCCUCCUCUACAAAAACUACAAAACCUACCUAUCCUACGGCCCCGGCGGCGCCCCAUACAACCUCCUGGGCUGGUUCGGGGUGACAUUCCUCCUGUACCCAUUCGGACGCAACAUGACCAGCACGACCAUCUACGAGAAGAAGAUCGCGAACGGCGAGACGCAAUCAUACCUCUCCGAAGACACGGUAGAUCUGCUCAGCGCUUUGAAGAGGGAGAAGAGACCCGCCGUCGGACCGCAUUAUGUGCCGCAGCGCCAGGUGGAGGAGUUUGCGGGGGAGGAGGUGAAGAAGUACCUCGACUCGCAAUUCUACGCCCUCGCAGAACAAAACCCGCAAUUAGUGAAAGUCGCCGAUUCGCGAUUGGAGCUGCAUGCGGGAGCGAUAUUCCUUGCGACGGAGGAAUUGACUAAUAGGAAUGAGACGACGAGGAAAAUGAAUGGCGAGUGUGUGCAUGUCCAUCGCUUGAAGGAUUAUUCGUUGCAUAUGGUUUUGGCCCCUGCGGAUUGUAAGAAAGUUUUCGAUGCUGGUUGGGGUCAGAGGCACGGGUUCAGUGGUGUGGAGAUUCCCAGGGCUUUGGUGGGCGGGAAAUUGAUUCAAUUGCCAUCUGAGUAUGUGUUGAUCUAUGCGCCAAGGACGAAGGAGGAGGUUACUUUGGUGCUGGGUCUUAUGAAGGCCAGUCUAAGGUAUCUGACUGGCGAGGAGGUGCAGUGAAGAAAGACUAUUCCAAAGGAAGGGAAGUACUCGGCAAGGUCGGGUGUGGUUACGUAUAGCAUGACCCAUUGUAUAACACGCUAGUCGAAUUUUGUACGCUAAAAAGAAGGAAGAAAGCGCCCCUCUCUUGCUCUUGUGAACCCAUAUAUUUUCUUUGCAUAAUUGAGUGGUGAUGAUCAGGGCACCAUGGAUUACUAGUUCCGAGACG